UCUCCUGUCUGACCGGCGAUUUCUCCGUGAGGAUUUGUGGACGGUGGCGUGGAGGUUUCCAAAAUGCCUGAAGCAAACUAUUUGUUAUCUGUAUCUUGGGGUUAUAUUAAGUUCAAGAGGAUGCUGACCCGGGAGCUGACACACCUUUCCGAGAUGAGCCGCUCCGGCAACCAGGUGUCUGAAUACAUUUCCAACACUUUCCUGGACAAGCAGAAUGAUGUGGAGAUUCCUUCUCCCACCCAGAAAGACAGAGAGAAGAAGAAAAAACAGCAGCUCAUGACACAGAUCAGUGGAGUGAAAAAAUUAAUGCAUAGUUCAAGCUUAAAUAACACCAGCAUUUCACGAUUUGGUGUGAAAACAGAAAAGGAAGACCAUCUGGCCAAGGAACUGGAAGAUCUGAAUAAGUGGGGUCUCAACAUAUUCAACGUUGCAAGGUACUCCCACAACAGGCCGCUCACCUGCAUUAUGUACGCUAUAUUUCAGGAGCGAGAUCUACUAAAAACAUUCAAGAUCUCAUCAGACACUUUUGUAACAUACAUGAUGACGCUAGAAGACCACUACCACUCGGACGUAGCUUACCACAACAGCCUCCAUGCUGCUGAUGUUGCCCAGUCCACACAUGUUCUGCUCUCCACCCCUGCGCUGGAUGCCGUCUUCACUGAUUUGGAAAUCCUUGCUGCAAUUUUUGCAGCUGCAAUUCACGAUGUGGAUCACCCCGGUGUCUCCAAUCAAUUUCUUAUUAAUACAAAUUCUGAACUAGCCCUGAUGUACAAUGACGAAUCCGUCUUGGAGAACCACCAUCUUGCUGUGGGUUUCAAACUACUUCAAGAGGAGCACUGUGACAUCUUCCAGAACCUGACCAAGAAACAGCGUCAGACGCUCAGGAAGAUGGUGAUCGACAUGGUAUUGGCGACAGAUAUGUCCAAGCAUAUGAGUCUGUUAGCUGAUCUGAAGACUAUGGUGGAAACUAAGAAAGUGACCAGUUCAGGAGUCCUCCUUCUGGACAACUACACAGACAGAAUACAGGUUCUCCGAAAUAUGGUACAUUGUGCGGACUUGAGUAAUCCCACAAAGUCUCUGGAGCUGUACCGGCAGUGGACGGACAGGAUCAUGGAGGAGUUCUUCCAGCAGGGAGACAAAGAGCGAGAAAGAGGAAUGGAAAUCAGUCCAAUGUGCGACAAACACACAGCGUCAGUGGAAAAAUCACAGGUGGGAUUCAUAGACUACAUCGUCCACCCGCUCUGGGAGACGUGGGCUGACCUGGUGCAGCCCGAUGCCCAGGACAUCCUGGACACGCUGGAGGACAACAGGAACUGGUACCAGAGCAUGAUACCUCAGAGCCCGUCUCCUCCGCUGGAGGAGCGGGGCAGGGACUGUCAGAGCCUGAUGGAGAAGUUCCAGUUUGAACUGACGCUGGAGGAGGAGGAUUCGGAUGGACCGGAGAAGGACAGCGAGAGCAUCGGCUACUUCAGCAAUACAAAGACGCUGUGCGUGGCCGACGCGGGGGAAGAGGAUUCACAGCGGGAGGCGAACAUAGAAAUCGUGACAGAAGAUACGUCUCCUGUCGACACAUAA